AUGCAACCUCCGUCACCACACCACCGCAGGUUUGCUUGCGACCUUUCGACCCAUAUCCUCCAUGGAUGACUACGAUACAGGUCGGUUCCAGUUCUGCGUUCUCUUGUUGUUCUUGUGUGGUCUCGCUGGUGCAGUGAAGGGUGAAGACCAGCUUCUCCUUCCCAUCGUUGAUGACCGAUGGGGCAACAACAAUGGCCUCCAGACCUUCAUAGUCAACGUUGAAGAGCCCGAAGCCGUGGAGCUGCUCAGCAGCCGGGAGCUGAAGCAGUGGCACGAGUCCUUCCUGCCAAACGCCACCCUUGACUCGGGCGAGCCGCGGCUGAUCUACUCGUACCGUCACGCCAUCAGUGGAUUCGCCGCCAAGCUGACGCCGGAAGAAGUGAGGGCCAUGGAAGCGAUGGAGGGGUUCGUGUACGCGCGGCCGGACACGACGAUGCGGAUCGAGACCACAUACACGCCUCAGUUCCUGGGGAUCAGCAAACCGGGACGGGGGGCAUGGGACAGUGGCAACAUGGGCGAAGGGGUUAUAAUUGGGGUGAUCGACACCGGGAUCGCCGCGGAUCACUAUUCAUUCAGUGACGACGGGAUGCCUCCUCCCCCGGCAAAGUUUAAGGGUUCAUGCAGACCUUUUAGCAAGGUCACCUGCAACAAUAAGAUUAUUGGGGCAAGAGGAUUUAAUUAUGGACCAGACACGGCCGUCGAUGACGACGGUCAUGGCACACAUGUGGCUAGCAUUGCGGCGGGGAACUUUUACAAUCGUGCCGAGGUCCUUGGCAUGGCGGCAGGCACGGCCUCCGGCAUGGCACCCAGAGCUCAUCUGUCCAUCUACAAGGUGUGCUACACUGUUCAGCGUCGCACCAAAAGCUCAUAUGUCCGGUGCAGGGAUUCUGACAUACUAUCCGCCAUAGACCAAGCAAUCAAAGACGAAGUCGACAUAAUACAGAUGUCCAUCGGUGGGAACAGUACUCCACGAUUUCAUGAUGACGGGGUUGUGCAUGGCUCGCUUUCCGCAUUGCGCCACGGUAUCUCCGCCGUCACCGCCGCCGGCAACCAAGGCCCCAAUCAUCUUACGCUGUCCCAUGAUGCGCCGUGGGUCUUGACCGUGGGCGCGAGCUCCACCGACCGAAGAAUAAGAGCCACCGUGAAGCUGGGCAAUGGGAUGGAGCUGGACGGCGAGUCGGCCUACCAACCGACAUCAUUCGACUCCUCAGUCAUGUUGCCAAUCGUCUACGGGUUGUUCUGCAAUGACUCAUCACAAUUGAAUCAUAUCUCUGGCAAGAUAGUGUUGUGUGAGCCCGGUGAUAUUGCAAACAUCGAGAAGGGGAAACUGAUCCUCCGGGCUCAAGGCGCCGCCAUGAUCCUCAUGACCCCACCGUCGAGAGGUAACACGACCGGAUCCGAGGCUCACGUCCUUCCAGCCUCCAACUUGAGCUACAACGACAGCAUGAAGGUCGUAAGCUAUUAUUUUACAGCAGGGGCAUCAGCUACGGCAACGAUCGUCUUCAAAGGUACGCUCUUUAACAGCCGGCCGUCUCCGGCAGUGGCAUCCUUUUCCUCCAGGGGACCCGGAACCAGGAACGGCGGCAUUCUCAAGCCCGACGUCGUCGCACCCGGCGUGAACAUCUUAGCCGCAUGGCCAUUUGAGGUCGGACCGGGAGCCGCAACUCCGUCAAAAUCGGCGUUUAAUUUCCUGAGCGGCACCUCCAUGGCAGCACCUCACGUCAGUGGGAUAACGGCGCUGAUAAGGAAGCAGCAUCCCCACUGGUCGCCCUCCGCGAUCCAGUCGGCGAUCGUCACCUCCGCCGACGACCGAGACCUCGACGGCAAUUACCUGAUGGACCAGCAUUCUGGUGGAACCGCCGACGUCGUCGCGGUGGGUGCAGGGCAUCUGAACGGACCUAGAGCUCUAGAUCCGGGUUUAGUCUACGAAAUCGACAUGGGAAUCUACCCCGCCUACCUUUGCAGCCUAGGCUACACCGACCGGAACGUGACGGCUCUUUGGGGGAAGGCCGUCGACUGCAAAACCCAGCAACACGUCGAUGCGUCACAGCUGAACUAUCCUUCGAUCACCAUUGAUUACAGGCAAACCAAGUACGUGAUCUCCGUGAAGCGUACAUUGAAGAACGUCGCGGCCGGAGGGGUUGAGCAUUACGAUGCCCAUAUGACUAUCCCGCCGGGGGUGACAAUGGCUCUCUCCACCAAUGCACUUCGCUUCUCUCGACCUGAUGAACAACAAAGCUACCAUGUCACCUUUGACAUCGACCCCGCAGGUUCACCAACUUUCCCAUAUUCUCGAGGUAAACUCGAGUGGGUUUCGGCUAAGCAUCUCGUGACCACCCCUAUCGCGGUGUACUGGCGAUGAUCACGUCCAUCGAAUAUAUUAUAUAUAUAUAUAUAUAUAUAUGUUCCCACGAAUGUAUGACCGACUUAAAAGCUCUGUCGCCCCAAUAUACAAUAAAUAAAUAAAAGGUC